CGUGGAGUGCGAGUGUCAUGUCAAGGUUGCUUCUUUUCAUGCCCGCAUCAUUAUUUCGAGUAAGAUACGUUUUCUUUCAGUUAGUCUGCUUGUCAAACAGUCCACCCCAUGACAACCGCUGUCCCACCACAAUGGCCACCCGCCGUGGCAGAAGCCUAUGAACCUUUGGGUCAAUUGGGCAAAGGUGGCUUUGCAUCGGUCCUGUUGGCUCGUCGCAAAACGGACCACAAUGACUUGGUGGCGAUGAAAGUAGUGGGAUCUCCAGACGCCACCAAGCAAGAACAUGCCUAUGCCCAUCGUGAAAUCGAGAUUUUAAAAGAACUCCAGCAUCCUCACAUCAUGAAAGUAAUGGGGUUUUGGGAAACGCCUCACAGUCAAUGCGCUGCCGUCAUGGCCUUGUCGUACAGUCGUGGUCCUACACUGCAACAAUUGAUUGAUCAUGGGGGUGCUCUGGCGAGUCACACCUUUGGACGUGUCGUCAUGGCCCAACUAGUCGAUGCCUUGGCUUAUUGUCAUUCUCGUGCCGUCGUUCACAGAGACGUCAAGCCAGAUAACGCGAUCAUCACUGGAGCCACGUUGCAACAAGAUGAAAUUUGGGAUCACACAGCAGCACCGGCCCAGGCGAUAGAAGAUUGGCAAACACUGGGUCAAAAAUGGCACUUGACAUUGAUUGAUUUCGGAUUUGCCCGUGCUCUCAGCCCCGGCGAUUUGGAAAAGGAAGCCGUCACCAUGAAAUCUCCAAACGACCAACAAUUGGUGGAGACGGAUGGUACCAUAGAUGGCAGCAGCAGCAGUCGUCGCAGCAGCAGCAACGGCAAGAGAGUGCAACGACGUGACCUGGACAAGUCCAUUUCGCAUGCCUUUAAACGUACCAUGAGUUCCUUGGGCAAUCGCAUGUACGCCGCUCCCGAAAUUGUCAACGGUGUUCACAGUCGUCACAGUAUCGUCGGACUCAAUCUUAGUGGACACAGCAAAGCCGGUAGUGAUCUGGGCUUUGACAUUACCAAGACGCUCGGACAACACGUGUCCAAUUACGGAAUGUUGGCCGAUGCCUUCUCUCUAGGCAACACCAUCAAGUACAGCAUGACGGGAGUGCCGCCCAAUGAAAAUAUUACCGAGUAUAUCAAUCAACAAAACCAUCCAUUGAUCUUGCUCUGUCAAUUUGUCGCCAAGCAUGUUUGUGGCAAUGCGGAUAAUUCCAGUACAAGCAGUACACGCAGAAUUCAAUAUCGCAAAUGGCAUCAAUUGCCACCGGAAUUGGCCACCCUCAUUCGAGGCACCACUCAUCCCAGUGUCGCACAACGCAUGUCGGUACGAGCCGUACGACGAGAUGUGUACGUGGCAGAUGUCCUCCAAAAGGAGACGCUGGCACCGCAAGAAAUUCAAUUUCUCAAGUGUGCCCUCAAAGAGCAACAACAACAACGAAACGAUAGCACCACGAAACAAGAAGAGCCAACAUCCGUCGUAGAACCGAGCCCCCCAAUGAAAGCAGCAGCCAUCAUUGCGGAAGAACCUGAUUUCGAUAUUGGUCUGGAACUGUAGCAUGGGGCAACGCGGCCAGUCAACAGUAUGCACAACCACACAGCUUGUUAAGAAGUUGAUGUUGACCAUGGAGCAUCGAGGCACGAGACGCUACGUGGAGGCCUCGGCGAUUGAGUACGACAGGAAGCAACCGACAAUCCAGAUCUAUCCAAAUUGGUGAGAGAGAACAGAAGAACAUGCCGAGUCUUCAAGUCUUGUAGCUGGCGCGAGUCCAUUCUGAAGAUUGGAAGAAAAGCUUUGGUGGAGGAGGCAAAGAUCAAGAUACAAGAGGUCAAGCGAUGAAGAGCAGAGAGAGAGGCAGUACACAACUUCACAGGUGCAGUGACAAUGCCAGGUGGGUGAAGUAUAUUCCAAGAGAAACAGGGCUGACAAAGAAAGCAACAUCAGGAGUGUGACUGCGCUCGCUCCUGUGCUGCACCUGAUCCUACCGAACAAUAAACCACUGAUCAACACACAAGUGCAUUUCUAGUCUUCUCUGGGGUGCAGUUCAGCAAGGAAAGGUAGAUCGCUCGCUUCGAUGCGAUUCAAUCAGACCCGUUUACUUGUCACCUUCAGGCAACAGAUCAACGUUGAAAGUGGAGUACCUGUACCUGGUACCGUGCCUACCGGUAUGCCUGGCCCACCAACAAUGGACCAUCAAGACCAACGCACAGACCAACUCCUGUCAAAUCUGGACUUAAACCUGCCCCUUUUCCCGACCAAAGCAUGCCCCUGCUCCAGAGCUACGUUACACUCAAAAGUGUCUCGAACUAAUAAAUCUUCUCUUUUUAGAGUAGCAUACACGUGAAACUUUGCCUCUAUGGGAACAGACCAGAUCCUCUAUGAUAGAAUAGGCUACCAUUCAUUUGAUUCUAAUCAAUCAAAUCAGCUUG